CAUGCGCUGGUGUGUGCUGGAGCCGCCGCUGCUGGGCUGCUUCCCGGUGCUGUACGCGCCCGGGCGCCUCUCGACCCCGCGCCUGGCCUUCCCUACGACACUAUGAAGCCCUAGACCCCGCAGGCCCUAGAAACCGUUCGCUGUCAGCAUGUUCGGCCGCUCUCGCAGCUGGGUGGGCGGUGGGCAUGGGAAGGCCGCCCGCAGCAUCCACUCCUUGGACCACCUCAAGUACAUGUAUCACAUUUUGACUAAAAAUACAACGGUAACAGAUCACAACCGCAACCUGCUGGUGGAGACUAUUCGUUCUAUAACAGAGAUCCUUAUAUGGGGGGAUCAAAAUGACAGCUCAGUAUUUGACUUUUUCUUGGAGAAGAAUAUGUUUGUUUUCUUCUUGAACAUCUUGCGUCAGAAGUCUGGACGUUAUGUGUGUGUACAGCUUCUGCAAACUCUGAACAUCCUUUUUGAGAAUAUCAGUCAUGAAACAUCACUGUACUACCUGCUCUCUAAUAAUUAUGUAAAUUCUAUUAUUGUCCACAAAUUUGACUUCUCUGAUGAGGAGAUCAUGGCAUAUUACAUAUCAUUUUUGAAAACUCUUUCCCUGAAGCUCAACAGUCAUACUGUACAUUUCUUUUACAAUGAGCACACUAAUGACUUCGCUUUGUACACUGAAGCUAUUAAAUUUUUUAACCAUCCAGAAAGCAUGGUCAGGAUUGCUGUUAGGACUAUAACUUUAAAUGUCUACAAAGUGGACAACCAACCUAUGCUGCACUACAUUAGAGAUAAGACUGCUGUCCCUUAUUUCUCUAACCUCGUUUGGUUUAUUGGAAGCCACGUGAUAGAACUGGAUAACUGCGUGCAGACAGAUGAAGAGCACAGAAAUAGAGGCAAACUGAGUGACUUGGUAGCAGAACAUCUUGAUCAUUUACAUUACCUUAAUGAUAUCCUUAUCAUUAACUGUGAGUUUUUAAAUGAUGUGCUGACAGACCACCUACUUAAUAGGCUCUUUCUUCCCCUCUACGUGUAUUCAUUAGUAAAUCAAGAUAAGGGAGGAGAGCAUCCAAAAAUAAGUCUCCAGGUUUCUCUUUAUCUUCUUUCUCAAGUUUUUCUAAUUAUACAUUAUGCCCCUUUGGUGAACUCAUUGGCUGAGGUUAUACUUAAUGGUGACCUCUCGGUGUUUUCUUCUAAAGUUGAGCAAGAUAUACAGAGAAACUCAACGAAGUCAAGUAUCAGAUGUUUCAUAAAACCAACAGAAACACUUGAAAGGUCUCUUGAAAUUAAUAAACAGAAGGGGAAGAAGAGAAUGCAGAAGAGACCCAACUAUAAGAAUGUUGGUGAAGAAGAUGAAGAGGAGAGAGGAUCUGAAGAUAACCAAGAUGAUCUAGAAAAAAAUAAAGGUACAGAGUCAAGUUCAAAGGGCAUCAGAACAAGCAGUGAAAAUGAAGAAAUAGAGAUGGUGAUCAUGGAGAGAUGUAAGCUAUCAGAAUUGUCUAUCUCUGCUGUGACAGAACAGAAUACAACAGAUGAAGAAAAGAGUGCAGCUGCCUCUGGGAGUGAGAUAACAAACUGGAACAGACCUUUUCUUGAUAUGGUCUAUAAUGCACUGGACUGUGCUGAAGAUGAUUAUUAUGCCCUCUUUGUGCUCUGUCUUCUAUAUGCAAUGUCACACAAUAAAGGAAUCGACCCAGUCAAGCUGGAAAGAAUUCAACUUCCAGCUCAAAAUGCUGAAGAGAGGAAUUCAUACAAUCAUGUACUUGCAGAAGGGCUCAUCAGGAUAAUGAAUUAUGCUGCACAACCAGAUGGAAAAAUCCGUUUGGCAACUUUAGAACUUGGCUGCCUAUUACUGAAGCAGCUUGUGUUUUCUAAAAACAGGAGCAUUAUAAAAGAUGUACACCUUGCUUGCCUUGAGGGUGCAAGGGAGGAAAGUGUUCAUCUCCUUCGUCGUUUCUAUAAGGGAGAAGAGAUUUUCCUGGAUAUGUUUGAAGAUGAGUACCGGAGUAUGACAAUUAAACCUAUGAACGUAGAGUACCUGAUGAUGGAUGCCUCAAUCUUGUUGCCUCCAACGGGGACACCACUGACUGGUAUUGAUUUUGUGAAAAGAUUGCCUUGUGGAGAUGUGGAAAGAACACGAAGAGCAAUCAGAGUUUUCUUCAUGCUCCGUUCACUAUCACUGCAUUUGAGAGAUGAGCUAGAAACUCAGUUGCCACUCACAAGGGAGGAAGAUCUGAUAAAGACAGAUGAUGUUCUUGACUUGAAUAACAGUGACCUCAUUGCUUGUACAGUCAUAACAAAAGAUGGAGGUCAAGUUCAAAGAUUCCUUGCUGUGGAUAUUUACCAGAUGAGUUUGGUUGAGCCAGAUAUUGCCAGACUUGGAUGGGGAGUAGUGAAGUUUGCAGGCCUUUUGCAGGAUAUGCAAGUGACAGGAGUAGAAGAUGACAGUAGAGCUCUGAAUAUAAUAAUUCACAAGCCUGCCUCCAGUCCUCAUUCUAAGCCCUUCCCUAUCCUUCAAGCUACAUUUAUUUUUUCUGAUCACAUUCGCUGCAUUAUUGCGAAGCAGCGUCUUGCAAAAGGCCGUAUCCAGGCUCGGCGGAUGAAGAUGCAGAGAAUAGCAGCUCUCCUGGAUCUUCCUGUUCAGCCUUCAACUGAAGUUAUGGGUUUUGGACACGGCUCUGCAGCUGCAGCUCAACACCUUCCAUUUAGAUUUUAUGAUCAGUCACGCCGUGGUAGCAGUGAUCCUACGGUACAACGCUCUGUUUUUGCAUCUGUUGACAAAGUUCCAGGCUUUGCUGUAGCCCAGUGUAUAAAUCAGCACAAUCCAUCACCACUCUCAUCACCGUCACCUUCCAGUGGCAGUGGAAGCACAGGGCGCUGUGAUUCAGUGACAGCAAGCUCAACAUCCACUCCUGCUGCACAGAGCCCAUCAGGUCUGGCAGGAAAGGACGUCGGCGGGUGUUUAGUCUGUCGGAGGCUGACAGUCACGGUGGACACUGGGUUUAGGUCUUCAAGCAGCAGCUGCAACAGAAACUCACGCAAUAUCAAUUCAGAUGAUGCUUCAGCUCCAGAGCAGCCUCAAAUGACCAUUUCUGGUCAGAUGAUGACUGAAGAAACUCUUUCAGCUGUCUCAAAGUCUAACAAGAACACUGUAAAAACCAGUGACAUAGAAACAACGAACCUGUCUCCUAGCCUGAUUCCUGCACAGCAGCCCACAAUAUCAUUAAUAACAGAUGACAAUACAGAUGCACUAAGCGUAGAGUCGCUUACACUGGUGCCACCAGUCGAUCCACACAGUAUUCGAACAUUCCCCUGCAUUCCUCAGUCCUCUUUGGAGUCUGAAGGUGAAGUUUGCAAGGUGAAAGAGGUAGAGGAAGAAAGUGCUGACUAAAGCCAACCUGUGGACUGUAUUAAACAGUGAAGCAAUUGCAACCAAAUUCUUGGUUGUUUUUUCUUUGAGAGUGCAGAUACUUGAAGCCUGAAAGACCAACUGGUCCACAAGAAGAGACCCACUAAUGAAAGCUUUUAGCAUAUUUAAACUGGAAUUUAAAAGAAGAAAAAUUAAAAAUGGCAGCAUUUGAGUCUGGACUGGUUGUUUCCUACCAGUUUCUAUUAUAGAAGAACACAAAAGUAUUUCACAGACCUACUUUCUUUUGAUUACACAGAGUUUCAGCUGCAGGAACUCUGUUAAUUGUAUUAACAGUGUUACAGCAAACUGAAGAAGCUUUUGGAUAUCUGGAUAUUGUAUCACUAACUUCUCUGAAACUGGAGACAUACCAUUUACCAGAAAAAGAAAUACAUUGUAGCACAGAGAUUACAUUUCCAUUUGAAAUGUGAUGUAUUUUUCUGUUUGUGUUUUGGGUUUGUUUGGUUUCUUUUACCCUGAUCUCAUUGAUCCUUUGAAGGUCUGCGUGAUACCAGCAGGCUUGGCCAUUUGUAGGAUUGUCUUUGUAGAACUCCAGACUUCAAUAUUGGGUUUUCCAUGUGCAAUAUUUAUUUCAAGGUUUGAUUCAAAGCAAGAUAUAUAUUGAACUAUUUUUUAAAAGGUGAAAGCUUGUAAGUUAAUGACAAAUGCUUAUUCAAAUUAACAUAAGGGAUUGUUGAGGCCACUUUAGUCUUUGCUUAAGCAGCUACAGAGGAAUGUGAAAUAUUUUUAAGAGCUUGCUAUUGCUUGUUUGUUUGCUUCUGACAGUCAAAUUGCUACACCUCUGAGGAGUAAUGACACCCUUUCUACUGAAGCACAACUUCUAGAAUCAGACAGAAGAGGCUUUUUAAAUGUUGUCUUCACAUAGGAAGAAGAGUCACUACAUCUAACUGGCAAUUCCUCUGUAAGUCUGAAACUCAAAAGGAAAGGUAUUGUGUAGUUUUAUUCCUAUCUGGGCUAGCAUCACAGUUAAACAACAUUGCUACACUAAAGUGAUUCUGAGUUUAUGCUUUUCUUUCUUUGCUUCCUAAAUCCUAAUACCAAGUUGACAGAAAAUAGUGGAAAAGUGUUGACUAAAGUUUGGAAUUUCUUUGCUGAUCUGAUACAUAGUGUAACAUGAAUGGUAUUAAGAUUUCUCAUCAAUUUCCAUUUGUGUUGAUUUAAAUUAGUGGUAAAAUGAGUAGAUUGUUGCUAUUCAUCUGUUCAUCACAUUGAGUGCUUUCCAGCUUUCAAAGAUUGACGACUACUUUUUACUUGUUACUGUGAUUUCAGUCCUCAGCACAAUCUGUUUUCAUUCUGUCUAUGCUAACACUGACUUCAUGUCAAGUAGAUGAACCUGAACUUUUUUACUUACUUCCCAAUCUCUAAUUGCACCUUUUCCUGGCUGUCAGAUGGAAAACUUGAAGUGCUUUUAAAUGUGUUAUUUGUGUAUGAGAUUGACUAAUCUACAAGAAGAAAUUGGCUCACUUUUUCUAUCUUUUCAUUCACCUCAUGAUCCUGUAACAGCAUACAGCAUAUCUGCUACUGAACACCAGCAAUUUUUUCUUCCUUCUUUCUUGUAUUUGUGUUGAUUUCUUCCUUUCUGUGACCCCUGCUUUGUCUCAAAUAGAAUUAACCAGUAUUCUGACCAUUCCACAACGGCCUAAACUGAGUUCUGAGAGCUAGGUGUCCUUGGCAGCGCUGUGAAUAUGGGUUGAGAAUUUGGCAUGGCUGGAGUAAGACUCUAUAUUGGAUGAGGCUUUUUAAUGUUUGAUUGGGUUUUUUUUUGUUUGGGAUUUGUUUUGCUCUGUUUUGGUUGUUCGUUUGUUUGGGGUUUUUUUGUGGCCAUAUGCUUAAAGCAGGUUUGCACUGUUGCACCAAGGAUGUGUGUACCUCAACCUGCCUAGACAUCAACUGCAUUUUGGGUACAAGGACCACAUAAAUUUUUGUUAGCUGAACUGCUUGCAGCCUAGACUUUCUCUACUAUGUUGCCCCAGUAAUAUUCUGAAGAUCAUUAUUAAAAAAUAUGCCUUCCUUAAUUUGAAAGCAUUUUGUGUUAGUUGUUAAGGUUAACUCUUGACCUAGAUUACACAAAAUGGCACUCUGCAGGCUGAGUUCCCUUAAAUAGAAUUAAUUUUAGACAGGAAAACCUUGAUCUUUAUUUAUCUAAUUUCAAAUUCACUUCUAGCAAGAUUAGGACCCUGCACAAGGAGUGUUUUAACAGGUAUGCAUAAUCUCAUGCUUCAGCUGUACUGCACAAGAAAUGGGACAAAGGGAAAUAAAGCUGACUUUGUGCUUUGCAUUCCUUUUGAGUGGCUUUUACAUCUCAUGACCUGUUUUCUACUGAGAGCUUCAGAGUGAAAGACUAAGGUAAAUACUAUUAUUAGAAAAGUAGAAAAUAAGGUUUGCUGUCCUGUCCACUGCUGUCAGAGCCUUGCUGGUCCAGAGAGGUGGUAAGCAGAGAUAUCUUUUAGCAGUUCUGUCAGAAGCUCCUUGCAAAGAUGGAAAGCUCUGACUGCACCAGCUCUGCCAAUGUUGUGUUCCUAUAUAUAUGUCACAACUGGUUGGCACAGACCAGCGUAAACCUCUGAAUGGUCAUUCCACAGAAGCAACUGACUUUUUACUUGUAAUGUUAAGGCAUGUGUGUAUACCAUUUGACCAUGUUUUGUGCUGCAUUAAGGGACUUCAGUGUGUAAAAGCUCUGGAGACACUGAAAUAAUCUAUUGACAGUCUUUUAUCUCUGCGAGUACGGUGUUACUCAUCUACAAUUCCUUGAAGAGUAUCAUAUCUAUCUCUCCCUUAUCAGAACAACUCAAGGGCUGUUUCCUUAUCCCUCUUUCACUGUAAAAAGGAAACUCAAGCAGGAAAGCAUGAGCACAUCAGCCACAAAUGUAGUUUUUUUCCUAAACAAAAGGUGAUUUGGGUCAGUGUAACAUCAGUAUUUUUAAUCAGAUCCAAAUACCAAGUUGCAAAUACCAGCUAUAUUCUGUUAGCAUAAAACAGUUCUGUUCUCCUUCUGAGGAGCCAAAGAUGCCAAGGCAUAUUGAAUGUUACUUUGGUACUUUGUGGUUUAGGUGUCUCAUUUUAUGUUUUGCCAAGAUACUGCUUGCUUAUGUAUUGCCUUCACUGACUCUUGCAGGUCCCCGUUGCUUUUGUGUCGUCCAGCAUACAGCAAUGAGCACGACUCAGGUUUUUGGUUUGUGGGGUGUAGUGGCAGCAUACAUUUGAUGGAAAGGAAAUGGAAGGUGGAAGCAUCAGUGCCAAAAUCUAAUGUCUGCUUCACCAUGGAAAUAGUGCUUGCAGUGUAAAACGUCUCUGCAAGCAUUGUUUUGUAGAAAUUCUUUGACAUAGAAAGAAACUAUGAAGUGCAGGAAGCUUAGCCUUUUUUUUUAAAGCUGUGUGAUUUAAACCAAACCCAGCAGAAAUCUGGUCACAUACAUUAAUACAGAGAGCUGUAUUUCAUGUGUGAAGUCAUGAAUUAUAUACAAUAUAAAGACUGAGCUCAUUGAUAUUCACCACUUCUAAUUCAAGAUAAACUGAAAUUCUGACUUCCUUUAAGCUGACCUUACAAAAAAAAGGAUGGAUGCAUAGAUAAAUAAAAAACCUGUUAAAGACGCUUCUCAAUGUUCUUCACUUUACAACACAGUUGAAAUUUCCCUUGAAGUCACUUGAUGAGGAGAAGUUUGGAGUACCUCCCAGAAUACAUUUAUUCUUUUGCGCUACUGUUGCUAAAGGACAGGUAUGUGGCACUUAAAAACUCUUCUUCUGUGUCCAGAAUGUAAGACUCAAAUCUUGAUCACUAUUUAGAGUUUAAGUCAAUGUCUUAUUAUGCUUAACGGAGACAGAAUGCAAGUGAUAAUACUGCUCUUUUGUGGAUUUGUGUUAUUCUUGCAUGUAGAAUUUUACAAGAGACAGUUAAAAUAGUUCAUUCAUAGCAAAAUGAACAGCCCUUAAGUUUUGAAAUUACUCUGUUUAGUUUUGGUUUGUUGUUUUGGUUUUAUUUCUAAUGAAGCAGCAGGACAUGAGUGACUGUAAUUUCCACACUUACUGGAAGUGGCCUGGCACUGGAAACUAUUUGGAACUCACUAGCUGCCCUGUAAUUGAAUGUAGUUUUCCUAGUACUAAAUGAAACUAUAAACUGUAUGCCUGCAGACACAGGUAAGCUAUCAGACAGACAAGUCAAAUUGUAGAUAUAAAUAUGAAGCCAUUUUGUAAAAGUAAACACUUUAAUCACAUGGUGCUGUCAGUGCUCUAGUGUAAUCACUUGAUGCUGCACACAUCAGAGAAAUAUCUACAGAAUUACCCUAGUGAAUAGCUCUACUUAUCUGCAUGUAUUACUGAAAAAAAAGCCACUGUGCUAAAUUUUGUGAUGUCUUCACUAACUAUCUAAUGUUAAACAGGGAGCUGCUUUUAGAACGACAUUGCACAGGCAUUUGUCAUCUGGGAAACAUAAGUGUUUCAGUCCUGCACUUGAAUCAAAGAUUUGCUUAGAGGCAUCUGAUGGGCGUGAUCAGCAAGAUUCAGGUAUUUUGCCUGAGAGGUGAUGAGUUUCCUUGAUGAAUUUCCUACUCAUCUACCUAGUGUUAGGUGUCUUUAAGUAUAUUGAAAAUUCUAUUGCUAAGUGUUACUGUCAUUCUUAAAUGUAGUGUGCAACUGACCAUCACUGGCCUACCCUAGCGUAUCGCUAACCAGGGCACUGCUCUUCUAUUAUUUAGAAGUCUUUGGUGUGGUUCUCCUGUGCUUGCUGCUCUGUUGCUCUGACUCUGCUCAACAUUUGCAGCAUGAAUUAGAAACAAAUACAAUAAUUCUUACUGUCUCCUAAUAAUAGGACUUACUAUCUCCUAUUGGCUUCUGAAUAGCAGAUGGUGAUCCAAGCAGGACUUGCUAGGGUGGGAUGCUUUUAGGAGAUGGCAUGCAGGGGGAAGUGCUAGGGAGAGUUUCCUACUGCUCAGGACUUUAUGAGCAGCAGCAGCAAAGACAUAGGAAGUACAUUUCUGGACUAUGUCGCAAACAGAAGGUUCUUUCAUAUAGAAAUGUAUUUUUAUAUUGCAUUUGUACAGAAUUUUCCCUAUUUUGAUCGCCCAAGUUUUUUAGAUUUGCACAUUGCUCGGAUUUGCUUUCUUUUGCAAGGUGUUAUAAAAUGUGGCCUUUUUUCCCUUUAUUAAUGUAUUAAAAAUGUAAAGCUAAAUUUUGCUUGUCUAAUAAAUGUGCAGUGUGGUGAUAAUUGGUUUUUGUUUCACUAAUUUGGAUUCGUUGGGUCUUAAUAUGAAAAGGAAAAACUUGAGUCAUUGUGACUGUCUUGUUAGCAGAAAAAUGUGCAGUGCAUUUAUUUUUGAAAAGUAACUCAAAAGAGCUUAAGCAGGUACUGACUAAGAACAUUUGUUAAUGAUAAAAGGUAAAAGUUCAGUGACUUUCAGACUAGCAUAUAGUAUUUUCAGGAGUCUUCUAAGAUUAUGAUCUUAAAAGAGAUGAGGGAUUUUUUUUACCAUCCUGUUCCCCAUUACUUUUGGUUGUUGGUAGUCACACUAAAGUGAAUUUAAGACAUGGCAAUUGCAAUCUGAUAGUUUAAGUAUGUACAAGGAAGUUAGAAGGUCUGAGCUUUUGUGUUGGGGUGUAUUUAAGGACUAAGUUUGACAUAAAUAGUUACAAUGAACAUGAAAGUAAUUUUGAAAAGGACUGAGAGGAGAUUCAAGUAUGUGAGGUUUAUGGACUGCUAGAAUUUCUCAGUGCUUCGUUUAGCCCAGCAGUAGCACUGCACUGUUACAGCUAUAGGGAACUUGCUGGAAGCAUUUUAAACUUGAGAGGAUAGCUUUAGGUAUCUCCACAUAUGACUAGGGGUGUUGAUCUUUUUGUUGUAAGCUUUUAACUUAAUUGGUAGUUGUUUUGUAAGCUUAAUUGUUUUCAGUGCAAAGAGGGGGAAAUGUAUUUUUCUAGAAUGAGUAUGCCUGAGAUUUAAACACUACAUCAAGCAUUUAGUGAAUGUGAAGGACUGUCCUCCUGUGAAAUAUAUUUCAAUAAAGUUGUGUCUGAAAUGUACUUCAUUUGGGGGUGGGGGUGGGAACAUGCCCUUAUAUUUAUAUGGAAAUAAAAGCCCACAUGUGGGGUGACUUGAAUUAUGAAAUGUCUUUCUGCAGGCAAUAAAUAUUUAAUAUAAGUUAUCUUAGACAUUUGGUGUAAAUGUGACAGUGUCUUAAUUUAAAGGAAAAUGUAAAUAAUGUUUGGGAAUGGAGUGAAGUUAGGAAAUGUUGGUGUAUGUUUCUGAAACCCAGAUUUCUAUAGCCAAGUAUCUGUUUUGCUGGCAUUAAUCAUGUAUCAUGGCUAUUGAAAACCUGGACAAAAAUGACCAAUAGACCUUUCUUUGUAAAUGGAACUUGGCAAUAAAAAUGAUAUUACUAAGAAA